AUGGCAAUACAGUCGAAACUAGAAUUAAAAAGAUACCAAUUUGAUAUUGAUGUUCGUAAAAAGCAUCAUAUCUAUGGAAAAAAUGAUAAGGUAAUAUCAUUUGGUGAAUGGAUACGUGAAAGAACAUGUUCAUGUAUUAUUGUUGAAAUGAAAACUGAUAUUGGCUGUCGUAAUGUUCUUGUAUUUAAAUUAGAUCCAUUACAACCAAAAAAUAGUUCAGUUAAAAUAACUGAUUUUGGUCUUGCACGUUCACUUAAGACACCAUCUAAGUUGGAGAAUUUAUAUAUUAUUCCAAAACGAUAUUGUGCAUUAGAAAUUCUUCGAAAUAAUGAUCAAUCAAGUUAUACAGAAAAAUCAGAUGUUUAUUCAAUGGGUGUUUUAAUGUGGGAAGCUUUAUCGAAUAGUGAAAUACCUUAUUCCUACAUUGCUGAUGAUAAUCUAGUUGCACGAGUAAAAUUAGAUAAUGAAAAAUUAAAUCAACCACCUAUUUGUAAUCCUCAACUUUGGUCUUUGAUAGAAUCCUGUUGGGAUGAUGAACCAGUGUGGCGUCCAAAUUUUGAACAGAUUAUAGAUAGAUUAACCUAUAUUAAGCCUUCUAAAGUUUCAGAUGUUCGACCACCUAUUACAUCAUAUGAACCAUCGACAGGUUACACAUUCAAACUUAAUGUUGAUGUAGCAAAAAAUGGUUUAUUAGAUGGUAGAUUCCGUGAAACCUAUGAAGCACAAUGGCUGUCAGAAAGAACAGAAUCAAUUGUAUUGAUUAAAAUGAAUGAAGCACCAACAAAAUAUGAAUUAUUAUUCUACAAAGAAUUCAAUAAUCAUCCACAUAUUAUUAAAACAUUCGGAUUUGUUGAAAAUAAUUUACAAUCGAUUAUGUUACUGCAAGAACGAGCACCUCAUGGUCAUCUUCAAGAAUUACUAAAAAACAAUUUAUUCGAACCAACAUCAAUGGUACUCGUUGCUAUUUUCUUACAGAUUAUGGAUGCAAUGAUGUAUGUUAUUAAUCAAGGAAUGAUACAUGGUGAUUUACGUUGUUCGAAUAUUCUUGUCUUUCAAAUGGAUGCAUCGAAACCUAAAGAAAACUUUGUUAAACUGACAAAUUUUGCUUUAGUACGACCAAAUCAACCAUUAUUAUCGGAAGAUAGAAGAUUAAUUAUUCCAGUAGAAUAUUGUGCACCUGAAAUUCUUCGAAGUGCAGGUCGAUUAAAUUAUUGUGAAUUAUCUGAAGUUUAUUCAAUGGGAGUUUUAAUGUGGGAAGCUUGUUCACAAGGGAAACUUCCUUAUGGCUCUUCUAUAUCGAACCGAGAAAUUCGACAAAAAAAGUUAGAUGGUGAAAUAUUACCGAGGCCAUGGAUGUGCGAUAGAAGAAUUUGGCCUAAUAUUAAAAAGUGUUGGAAUAAUAAACCACAAUCGCGAAUUAAGUUUAAAGAUAUGAAAAUACAACUUUCUAAUCUUGACCUUGAGUCACAAUAUCAAUUUAAACUUGGUAUUGAUGUUAAAAUGAACGAUCGGUUGCAUAGUAGAGAUGGACAAAUAUAUUAUAAUGCCGAAUGGAUAAGAAAGAAUACAUCAUCAAUUAUAUUGAUUUUAAUAAAUAGAGAAACAGCUGAACAUGAAGCUUCGUUUUAUCUUGAACUUAGCUCUCAUAAAUAUAUUGUUCAUACGUUUGGUUUAGUAAAAAAUGAUCCUCGAUCAACAAUGUUAAUACAAGAACGUGCUCCACAUGGUAAUCUUCUAAAAUUGUUACAAAGUCAACAAUUUAAACCAUCUACAAAAAUACUUAAAAUAAUAUUCUUACAAAUUAUUGAUGCUAUGAUUUAUAUUAUUGAUCAAGAUCUUAUACAUGGUGAUUUACGUUGUGCUAGUGUUCUUGUCUUUGAAAUGAAUCCAUUUGAGACAACAAGAAAUCUGGUUAAACUUACAAAUUUUUCUUUUACUUGUAGAAAUGAUCCAUCAUUUAAAAACGAUAGACAAACAUUAAUUUCAAUUCGAUAUGCUGCACCAGAAAUUGUUCAAAGUAGAGAUCAGUUCAAUUAUUCUGAAUUUUCAGAUGUAUACUCAAUGGGUGUUUUAAUGUGGGAAGCUUGUUCACAAGGUAAAAUGCCUUACGGAGUUGAUACAUAUGAAAGUGAUAUUCGACGACGAAAGUCAAAUGACGAGAUAUUACCGAUGCCAAACGCAUGUGAUGAGCAACUAUGGGAAAUUAUAAAAGGAUGUUGGUAUAUUACACCAGAAAUACGACACACAUCAUUAGAGACUUGUGAAUAUCAAUUGGAUGUUCAUGUCAUUAAGAAGAAUCCACUGAAUGGUCUUAACGGUAGAUAUUAUGAAGCAGAUUGGAUACCAAAAAGAGAACCACCGAUUAUUCUAAUGAUUAUGAAUAAAGAAACAUCAGAAUGUGAAGCUUCAUGGUAUUUUAAGCUCAAUGUUCAUAAACAUAUUAUACAUACGUAUGGUUUCGUUAGAAAUAAUGAUCGAUUGCCCAUGUUACUACAAGAACGUGCUAUUCAUGGUAAUCUUCAAAUAUUGUUACAAAGAAAACGUUUUCAGCCAUCAAAUAAAGUUCUUAUUACAAUCUUCUUACAAAUUCUUGAUGCCAUGAUGUAUAUUACUGAUCUAGAUAUUGCACAUGGCAAUUUAUGUUGUUCAAAUGUGCUCGUUUUUCGAAUGCAUCCAACAAAUUCAACAGAAAAUCUGGUUAAACUAACUGAUUUUAGUAUGGCGCGUACAAAAGAUUGCUCAAAUGUAGAUGUUAAGCAAACAACUAUUUCUGUGCGAUAUUGUGCUCCUGAAAUUCUUAAGAGUGCAUAUCAAUCAAACUAUUUUGAAGCAUCUGAUGUUUAUUCAUUUGGUGUUUUAAUGUGGGAAGCUUGUUCGCAUGGUACAGUACCUUAUGGAUCUGAUACUAGUAUUGAUAAUAUUCGACAAAGAAGAUUAAAUGGUGAACAGCUAUUACCACCAGAUGAUUGCGAUGCUAGAAUAUGGACCAUAAUUACACAGUGCUUGUUGAUAACUCCAGAAAUACGAGACACUAUGGAACAGAUUCAGUUGGAACUUUUAAAAAUUGAUUACAAAGAUAUUGAUGUGGCUAAUCAGGAAGAUAAACAAAAACAACUUGAAACCCGUCGAGUAGAGCCAACUGUUGUCAUUUCACAUGAAACGAAGCCUGAGCCAUCACCUCGGCGACACAAUCCACCAUCCCGAAGUAGAAAUCGUGAAAAAUCAUAUCGACAAAAAACUCCUCCGAUCAAUUUUCAACCAACUCCUCUUCUGAUUGAAUGUAGAUAUUGUCAUCAACAAUUUAGUUGGAAUACAUUAGAUUAUCAUGAAGUAUAA